UUGUAAAUAGUUGUCGAAUAUUUACUUCCUGCAUAAAAGUUCAGAAAAUGGCACAAGAAUCUGCCACUAAAUGUGAUAUAUGUAAGGGAUACAUUGGAAAGGUGUUUUGCUAUGGAUGUCGCCAUUUUUUGUGUCAAACAUGUAAUUCGUGGCAUGAAAAAUUCCCCGCAACAAAACUUCAUACAGUCACAGAUUCGCACAAUGUCGAUCGAACAACACUGAUGCUCACAUUUGUCUGUGAAGAUCACAAACUCGAAUUCUGUUAUUUUUGUCAAAAGUGUAAAUUUUUAAUAUGCGCUCAGUGUGUUACGUCUGUGCACAAAGGUCAUUCAAUUAGGGACAUAACAGAAGUUGCUGCUGCAGCACGUGGAGAUGUACAGAAACGUCUUGGGAAAAUCAAAGAAAACAUUAAGGCUUUAUCAGAUUUGAUAGAAGCUUUCAAAACAAAGAAACAAACAAUACUACAGAAUGGUACCGAUAACUUCAUAAAGGAAGUUAAUGAAAUGUCUCAAGAUAUGAUAAAAAUAAUAGAAUCAGUCACCGAAAGUAAUUUGACACAUGCAUCCGGCUUUCUUAUUUUGGAGAAACAACAAUUGUUGUAUAAUUUGGCAAAAUUAGAAAAAUCAUUCAGUGAAUAUAAUUCUAUGCAUGAAAGGCAUAAGCUGAUUUUGAAAGAGAAACAUGAUGUCACAUUUUUUCUUAAACAGAAAUCUCUUGCAAAAGAAUUUGAGUUGCUUGAUGAUAUCCAUCUUCCUGAAGAACCAAAGGAGAUAGGGCCUUUAAAUAGAAAUAGUUUUGUAGAUUCAGUUAUUGACCAAAUUAGAUGCAAGUAUGGUGAAUGUUCAGGUAAUGAGAGAGAUUACAAACACAGAGGUAGAAAAAAAGAAAGAGAAAGAAAAAAGGAAAGAGGUCGAAGUUACAGAUCGAUUUCUACUUGCGAAAGGGGAUCAUCUAAGUCCUCGUCAGACUUAAGAAGACUUUUCAGAGGUCGAAGUUACAGAUGGUAUUCUGGUAGCGAAAGGAGUUCAUUUAGGUCCAUGUCAGACCGAAGCAGAGGUCGAAGUUACAGAUGGGAUUCUGGUAGCGAAAGGAGUUCAUUUAGGUCCACGUCAGACCGAAGCAGAGGUCGAAGUUACAGAUGGGAUUCUGGUAGCGAAAGGAGUUCAUUUAGGUCCACGUCAGACCGAAGCAGAGAUCCAGGUUACAGAUAUGAUUCUCGUUGUGUAAGGAGCCAAUCUAUGUCCUCACCACACUUCAGCAGUUCCAGUAGUGAAAGAGAUUACAAAUUAAAAGAUACAUAUAGAGAAAAGGAUAGGCAUAAGGAAAGUCCUGGAGGUAAGAGAGAAAACAGAUACAGAGAAGAUAGAGAUAGAGAUAGAAAGAGAGACAGAAGUAGAGAAAGUUCAAGAAGUAAGAAAGAUUACAGAUAUAAAGAUAGGAGAUAUGAGAUAGAUAGAGAUAGAGACAGAGACAGAGACAGAGAAAUAAACAGAGAUAGGGACAGAUUAAAUUGUGGCAACAGUAGUUUACCAAUGUUCUAAUCUCGCAAAUCGAGUAAGAAGAGAAAAAUGAAAAAAAAAAUAAAUAAAAAGUAAAGGAAUCGCAUGAACUCCAAAAAGAGCGAGAUCUGGUGCAUUUACAGGGAGUCCAUGUAGAAGAGUCACAGACAGUAAACGGUGAUGUUCAUUGUAUCAACACUUAUGGUCCUACAUUCUGUCCAUACUUUGUAUUUUUUAAGGAUGUAGAACUUGAUAAGGAUACAGAUGGGGAUAGAGUAAAGGACCGUGACUAAAAUAGGGAUAAGGAUCGCUGUUAAAAAAGAUAACUCAGUCAAAAUAAGAAAAUUUAAUUUUAUAAAUAGUGUUAAUGAUGUAACGAAAAUAUUGUGUUUCAAAAAAAAAUAUCCUAAUUUCAUUUAAAAGAUUGUAAUUUUGGUAGAUGUUGCUAUAUUUUGAGUUCUUAUCGUAAAAAUUAAUAAAGACUAGAGAGAUACUUAAACAGAACUGAAUGAUAUCGGAAGAAAAGCAAUGGUUAGUCUUUCAGAUACAAAAUAAUUAAUGUUGUGAUAUAAAAUAAUGAUAUGUUGCUUUGUAAAAUUUUGUUUUAGUGUAUCAAACUGUCUUCAACGUCUAAUUAUAGCAAUGAAUAAGAUUUCAGAUUUAUGGAUAUGUGUUAAAUUAUUGUAAAAUCUUUGAUGUGUAUUAUUAUGUUUAUGAUAAAGCUAAGCCUGAAUGAACUUCUAAGUUUCCCUGUUCGGAAUUCGGAGAUGUGAUGUGUGACUUACAACCAACCAUCAUCUUUGUCAUAACUACAUAUUGAUGAAAUCAUUAGUAAUGGGUUCCUGUUAAGAAUUAAACCUGAAUACCAUAUUAAUCAACCAGGUGGCAAAUUAAUUUGAACAUAAAUCAGUUGAGAAAAAGGAAAGGAAGGUUUGUAAUCUUGUUAUGUUCCAGAAAUAGGUAUAAUUGGAAUACCAGAAUUAAAUAAAGGUAAUGUUUUUAACAAACCACAAAAUGAGGAAACAGCGUUUUUAAUGUGAACUUCUGAAAAUAUCUGCUCAUAUGGAGCUCCCUGACUUGCGGUGCUAAUUUUAUUACAAAACUUUUUUUUUCUCCUGGUAGAAUCGGAAUUACUUCAUUAAAAAAGAAGCUUGUUGAUCAUUACAGCAUGUGAUAUAAUGAUAAUAAUCGAAAGUGGAUGCUCUUUUAGUUGAAACGAAAUUAUGCUAAAGUAUGCUACCAUUAUAAUAUCAUCAACAAACUUUUGGAUGUUCAUGAUGAUUUUUCAAUUUAUUUGAAAUGCAUGUUCAGUUUGAUGUUGAUGGUAUAUCUCGGAUAAAACAUAAAAGGGAUAACAUGGGACUACCAAAAAUAGUGGACAGAAAAUAACAUAAGACCAACAAACGACUAACAUUUUUUUCCAGAAAGAAAGAGCUACAAGUCCAGACAUAAAAAAACAACACAUGAUUACAGACAUACAUAGGGAUCUGCUUUAAUCAGUUUUGUGUAUUGUCUGACUUUUCAGCCCAUAUGUUGUAAAAACAGUUAAAAAUCAUGUACACAGCUAUAGACAGAAUGACCAUUGACUUCAGCAAAAAUAUACAAGACAGCAUAUAUUCUUGAAAACAGGAACAACAUGUGGUUGCUACAAAAAAAAGCAAUCUAAAGUAGUUACAUUUUGGGAUGAAUGCGGUUUUUCAGUUUUAAUCAACCAUUUUCUACAUCAGAAAAUGUCUGCACCAAGUCAGGAAUAUGACAUUUGUUAUCCAUUCGUUUGAUGUGUUUGAGCUUUUGACCUUGCAUUUGCUUAGGGACUUUCCGUUUAGAAUUUUCCUCGGAGUUCAGUAUUUUUGUUAUUAUACUUUUUUUCAAGAUAUACAUAUUCUAUUUUAAAUGUAUUUACAACUUCUCUAGACAAUGUCAAUUUGAAAUUAAUAAUAUAACACAAACAUAUCUGUUGUUGACGACCAUUUGUUGGUCGAUAGAUAAUUAAUGUCUCAUUAACUCAUAUUAUUCAUUUAUUCACUUAGAAGUAUCGAAAGUGCUAACCAAUGACUGGUUUAUGAAUGAAUAAAAUCAGAUUAGUAGACAGGGAUCAGGAUUUUUUAAAUUUAGUAAAUAUUUAUAGUUUUUA